AUGGCGUCCUGUUUGUCUGGUGGGCAUUAUGUGCCCGGGAGCAAGGAGUAUGUGCCCGUUGCGGAGUUUUAUGCAGACAAGUCAGUUUUUGUGACUGGCGGCACCGGGUUUAUGGGGAAGGUAUUGGUCGAAAAACUGUUAAGAAGUUGUCCAAAAAUUAAGAAGAUCUACCUUCUGAUGCGGCCGAAACGAGGCCAGGACGUCGCGUCACGUCUCACCGAACUAACACAGUCACCGUUGUUCGAGACCCUACGGAGAGAGCGGCCCCAAGAGUUGAACAAGAUAGUCCCGAUUGUCGGCGAUAUUACCGAGCCGGAAUUAGGCAUCAGCGCUGCAGAUCAGACCAUGCUUUGUCAGAAGAUAUCAGUGGUGUUCCACUCGGCUGCGACUGUGAAGUUCGACGAGAAACUCAAACUGUCUGUCACCAUCAACAUGUUGGGCACGCAACAGCUGGUCCAGCUUUGUCAUCGCAUGCUUAACCUUGAGGCACUAGUCCACGUAUCGACGGCAUACUGCAAUUGUGAACGCGAGCGAGUGGAGGAGACGGUGUACGCGCCGCCCGCGCACCCCGAGCACGUGGUCACGCUGGUACAGACCCUGCCUGACGACCUCGUCGAUAGAAUCACACCGGAUUUAGUCGGUGACCGGCCUAACACAUACACAUUUACAAAGGCUUUAGCAGAGGACAUGCUUAUAAAGGAAAGUGGGAACCUGCCAGUAUCCAUCGUACGACCUUCUAUCGUGCUCUCAUCGCUCCGAGAGCCGGUAAAAGGUUGGGUUGACAAUUGGAACGGUCCCAACGGUAUCAUAGCGGCUGUGGGCAAGGGGAUAUUCCGUACGAUGCUUGGAACAGGCACGAAGGUCGCGGACCUGGUGCCUGUCGACACCGUCAUCAACCUAAUGAUUGUUUGCGCGUGGAGGACGCAUUUGAGACGAGGUGAGGGAGUAGUGGUGUACAAUUGUUGCACUGGCCAGCAGAACCCCAUCACGUGGCAGCGGUUUGUCAAAACCAGCUUCAAAUACAUGCGGAAACAUCCGUUUAACGAGGUGCUAUGGUAUCCCGGAGGUGACAUCACCAGUAACAGGCUGAAGCACGGCACGUUGUCGCUGCUGCAGCAUCGCGCGCCCGCCGCCAUCAUGGACCUCGUAUCCACAGCCACCGGCAAGAAACCUAUGAUGGUCCGUGUUCAGAACAAGUUGGAGAAGGCGGCGGCCUGCCUCGAGUACUUCACCACGCGUCAGUGGGCAUUCGCAGAUGACAACGUGCAAGCACUCUGCGCGUCACUCUCGCCUGACGACCGCAGGACUUUUGAUUUCAACGUGCGCAACAUCGACUGGGACGCGUACAUCGAGUCGUACGUGCUCGGCAUCCGGAGGUUCCUCUUUAAAGAGAGCCCCGACACGCUACCCAAGUCCAGAGCCGUGUUGCGAAGAUUACACAUAGUCCACAUCCUAACCCAAGUGGCGACCGUGUUCUUCCUAUGGAGAUUCCUGUUUUCACGCUCGAACGCGCUCCGCUCCAUCUGGCGGCGCGUCCUAGAACUGUUAACGAGGGCAGCUCGACUCUUAGCUAUAGCUUGA